GAGAAACAAGAAUAUGGUCGAUUUUCUGACGAAUUUUAUACAGGUUGAUCAUAUUUGGUCGACACUCACCUUUGUCGACUCUUGUGUUUGAUCAUCUUUUGGUCAAACAUAUGACAACUGUGGUCGAUAUUAGUUGAACAUUUUAGUGUAAUAUCUGACAAAUAAUAAUAUUCGUAUUCAAUUUUAUGCAGAACUCUAACGUUUGAGAUAUAACAUAUUUGUCAAAUAUUUUAGUUAUCUUUUUAUCAAACAAUUGAGAUCCUUUUUUAAAAAUUUCAUAAAAAGUAUUUUUUAUAAAGUUGUGUCAAAGAUAUUCAUAAUAAUCUCUACUUCCUUGAAUCUAGUCAGAACUUCCAUGAGGUAGUCAGCGCAUCUGUACGAGACUGCAAAACCCUAACGUUGCCUGGUUAGAUUUAUUUUCCCGCCACUUCUUCAAAACUGAAAUGGAAGCGGUGCUGGUAACGCCGGGAGAAGUGUUGGGUUCGGCUUCGGAGUACAAGGCUGGUAGAGGGGCUUACCUUUCACCAAAGCAGAAGAUUGUCCGCUCCUCUGUCACCGGACUCCGCUCUUUCAUACCCCCUGCUCCUGAUUCUCCUGACCAGAGACCAACGGUGGAGGUUACUGGACAUAAGGCACAUGGACCUGUUCCUCAGCCAGGCUCAGUUGUUAUAGCCAGAGUUACUAAGGUGAUGGCAAAGAUGGCUUCAGUAGAUAUAAUGUGUGUUGGUUCCCAGGCUGCUCGGGAAAAGUUCACAGGAACCAUAAGGCAACAAGAUGUCCGAGCAACUGAGAUCGACAAAGUUGAUAUGCACUUAUCUUUUUGUCCUGGUGACAUUGUUAGAGCAUUGGUGCUUUCACUUGGAGAUGCAAGAGCAUACUAUCUAUCAACUGCGAAGAAUGAGCUGGGUGUUGUAUCUGCAGAAAGUGCAGCAGGUGCUACCUUGGUUCCAAUAAAUUGGACAGAGAUGCAGUGCCCCCUGACAGGCCAAGUGGUAAAUAGAAAGGUUGCUAAAGUUAAUGUAUAGUUAACCGACUGAAAGCUAGAGAGUAGCAGGUCUAUUGUGGUCUUACUACUCUGAUUGACUCCUACGGCAUAUGUAUAUGUGGAUGUUUUCUAUGAGCACAUUUCUGGUAGAGAAUCCUUGUUUGUGGCUCUUUACAGUUCUCCGGCCGAAACAUGGUAAUAUUCCAGAUCCAAAGCGACUACACCAUUUCCAUUUUUAUUCUGUUUAUCUUAAGAACAUCCUCUUAUUGAAAUUAUCUGGAAAUUGUGCAUAUUAGAUUUUGAUAAGAACACCUAGUGGUGGAAUAGUUCCUAUGAUCUUUCAUGUCUGUACCUACUGAAGGAAGGCCUUUCUGCAGUUUUUGUCUAAUAAAACAUACUCCGUAUUAGAUCAAAACAUGUGAUUUUUCAAAAAACAUAUACUUGUACUUUCUUC